AUGAAAACCAAUUUUCUUUUUGUAUUUGCCUUAUUGGCCAUGCUUUGUGUUGUCAACGCUAUCCCACAUCAACUUCAUAAAAGAACUACUGUGUUUGGACCAUGUACUCCUAACCCACCACCCGAACUCUCUGUAAAAAUCUCACCUGAUCCUGUCGUCCCUGACCAAAUUGCUACUUUUACUGUUAAUGGAACGCUGGAGACACCAAUCACCAAAGAUUUCAAGUUUAUGGUUGCAUUUGAUGAUGACAGUGGUGCUGUAGCUCCUCCCUUUACUGCGGACAUUGCACUUGGAACCACAGUUAACGUAGUAGAGAAAGUUCCGGUACCAUCUCAGUCCCUGCUACCUUCAACAUAUGGUAUUGCAGUUGGUAUUGUCAAUCCAAAUGUUGAACCAUAUUUGGUUAUAGGCUGUGCAUAUGCUACUGUUAAUGGUCAUGCUUCUGAUAUUCCUGCUCUUCUGUUCUAG